CUCGCUAAAAAAAGGGUGUGUACGAACCGAAGUGUAUAUAAAGAAAUACACCUAAAAAAGGUACGGAGUAUACAGCAAUAAAUUAAGCGAAAGGGAUAUUUACCCCUAUCUACCUUUUUUUCCUUCUGUUUUCCCCUUAACGUCGCCCCACGCGCUCGGUCUCCGUCCUCGCGUCCGCUUGCUCCCAUCCUCAUUCCCCAGUCGCCGCCCAAGUCAAAAAGAGGGGGAAGCUUCUCCACCAGAGUCCCCAAGCCCAUGAACGACUAGUCGCUGCGAAGCACCAACCCUAGAACCCAACCCUGCUCUCCCCCCCUCCUCGGCUCCUCCCCCUCGCGAGCGGCGACGAAGAGGCCAUGGAUACCUCCGGCGGCGCCGCCGCCGCGGGCGGGGCCGCGCAGAUCCAGGGGAUGGCGACACACGGCGGCCGCUACGUGCUCUACAACGUCUACGGCAACCUCUUCGAGGUCGCCUCCAAGUACGCCCCUCCCAUCCGCCCCAUCGGCCGAGGCGCCUACGGCAUUGUCUGCGCGGCGGUUAGUUCGGAUACAGGAGAGGAGGUUGCGAUCAAGAAGAUUGGAAAUGCGUUUGACAACCACAUCGACGCCAAGCGGACGCUGAGAGAAAUAAAGCUUCUUCGCCACAUGGACCAUGAGAAUAUUCUUGCCAUAAAGGAUUUAAUACGCCCCCCAAGAAGAGAUGAUUUUAAGGAUGUGUACAUUGUUACUGAGUUGAUGGACACGGAUCUCCACCAGAUCAUUCGCUCAAAUCAAUCAUUGACUGACGACCAUUGCCAGUACUUCUUGUAUCAGUUGCUUCGAGGGCUAAAAUAUGUGCACUCAGCAAAUGUCUUGCACCGUGAUCUGAAGCCAAGCAAUUUGUUCCUAAACGCAAAUUGCGACCUCAAGAUUGCAGACUUUGGGCUUGCAAGGACCACUUCAGAAACUGAUCUCAUGACAGAGUAUGUGGUCACUCGUUGGUACCGAGCACCAGAGUUGCUGUUGAACUGUUCACAAUAUACUGCUGCAAUUGAUGUCUGGUCAGUUGGGUGCAUACUUGGUGAAAUUAUUACUCGUCAACCCCUGUUUCCUGGAAGAGAUUACAUCCAACAAUUAAAAUUGAUCACUGAGCUGAUAGGAUCACCAGAUGAUUCGAGCCUAGGAUUUCUUCGGAGUGAUAAUGCACGAAGAUACAUGAAGCAAUUACCACAGUACCCAAGGCAGGACUUCCGCCUGCGCUUCCGCAACAUGUCUGAUGGUGCAGUUGAUCUAUUAGAGAGAAUGCUGGUGUUUGACCCAAGCAGACGCAUCACUGUUGAUGAGGCUCUGCAUCACCCAUACUUGGCUUCUCUUCAUGACAUCAACGAAGAACCCACUUGCCCGGCACCUUUCAGCUUUGAUUUUGAGCAACCAUCUUUUACAGAAGAACAUAUGAAAGAGCUCAUCUGGAGGGAAACUUUAGCAUUUAACCCUGAUCCUCCCUACUAAGAGCCAAGACCAAAUUACCAGCUGAGGGCAUUGAAGAUCUACCUCUAGCUCUAGUGAAGCCGAUAUUUCCAUGUCUUGUGCAUCUAUUUAUUUUAUGCUCGCUUAUUGGGCGAAUGGGCAUGGAUUAUUUGUUGCUGUAACUAUUUCUUUUGGGGCCUUUCUGAAGAAACGACAUUUGUAUGAGAUGGCUUGUGCCUGGGCUUGUAUACCGGUUGAUUGAAUAAACUGUUCUUGUGUAUCUAAAACUUGUGAUUUUGUGUACACUUAUUUAAACAUCCCAUGUAUAUCUGAGUUAACAAAUUUGCCUUUUAUUA